UUCUAAUUUAUGACCAGCACCUGUAUUACCAAUUCUCCAAGGGUAUUCUCAUUUUUGAGUACAACUGCAUUACCAUGGACGAGCUUCCUUAAACCAUUCUUGUAAGCUUUUUGAAAUGUGUUUGGGUAAUUGUUCUUAAAGACUCAAGACCUUUGACGGAGAUCCAGUCUUUUGACACUGGGUUCAACAUUGCACAAAAAUGCCUUGGUGUUUUCCUGAUUUCAUGAUGCAGUCAGCGUGUUCAAGGCAUCCAGUACCAGAGACUGCAAGGCAAUCCCAAAACAUAACUGAGCAUCCUACAUGUUUGACUCUGGGGAAGGGCGUUCUUUUCAAUUGAGGCUUUAUCAAUAUUCUCUUACUGGUUGAACCGGUUGAUUGAUUUUUAUAUUGAGGCAACUGAAACUAAGGUACCAAUAAUAUUGCAUGGAUUUUUGUAUUUCUUUAGAAAUACCAACAUGUUUCCUACCCUCUGCUCCAAGAAAUGUUAGUGUGAAAAAAGUGAGAUGAAGGAAAUCUGCUUGUUUCGAAAAAAGAAAUCACUGCUUGGUCCCCAAUGGUUGAACGACUAAGUUCUUUGCAUUCCAGGAAUGGGAAGCUGUGGUUGUUGACCAUGGCGGAGAAUUCUUGAUGUAGCGCAGGCAACAGAAGCAGCUUUUUUGUAAAGGUUGAGUUUCAGGUGUUAGGCAGAUAACCAAGGAAUUAACAUUGGAAAAGCGUAUUCGGGGUGAAAUUGUAUUUAUUAAGAUCCCUGUUAGCCCCUACCUUGGCAGCUGCUACUCUUCCUGCGGUCCUACUGCAGCACAAUACAGGUCAAUAUGAAUAUUAAUACAUAUACCAUGUAUUGAGUUCUGCCCUCUUAGCUUCACUAAUAUAUUCAGAAAACAAUGGGCGGUAGCUUAACUUCUUUGGUUAGUUGGGUUUAUCUUGAGUAAGUUAGUUGAAUGAGUCCUAGUUAAUCAAUUACUUCAUGUUUUAUUGUCUGUGUGUCUCCAGAGGCAGCCAUGCUGACCACCUUAAUAGAUGGCUUUCUCUGUUGCCUGUCUGGGAAGUCAGGGAAUGCUGUGGUUCCCAUAGAAACAUCGGAACCCGCCGACGGCUACGAGUUUGUGGAGGUCAAACCAGGUCGCGUCCUGAGGGUCCGACACAUCAUCCCGGAGCGAGCGGUAGUGGAAGAGCCGAGCGGGCCGGGUGGGAGUGUCCACUGCAAGAGGAAGAUCACUGUGUAUCGUAAUGGACAGCUACUGAUAGAGAACCUGGGGAACGCGGCGAGACCGGACCGGUUACAAGCUCAGAACGGAGAAACGGAAGCCAACUGUACGGUAGAGGUGGAGCUAGCAGACCCACCUUCCAAUCCGAGUCCCACUCCCGACACCAAUGUGGAGAGGACCGGGUCACUGGUUGGUGCAGGGGGGACUAGGUCUGGGGGAGUGUCGACAGCUCCGGCACUGUCCCUGGGAUCGACCCCGGAUCCGAGCCAGCAGCCCCGGAAGCGGCGGCGGAAGCCCAAACGCACGGUGGUGAUCGACAGUGAGAGGAAGAUCACGUCAUGUAAGGGGACACAUGCGGACGUGGCUCUGUUUUUCAUUCACGGUGUAGGGGGCUCACUGGACAUCUGGGGAAGCCAGUUGGACUUCUUCUCCCAUCUGGGAUACGAGGUCAUCGCGCCUGACCUUGUGGGUCACGGGGCAAGCUCGGCGCCCCAGAUUGCAGCAGCGUACACGUUCUAUGCUCUGGCUGAGGACAUGAGGGCCAUCUUUAAGAGAUACACACGGAAAAGGAACAUCCUCAUCGGACACUCUUACGGUGUGUCAUUCUGUACAUUCCUGGCCCAUGAGUACCCGGACCAGGUCCACAAGGUGGUGAUGAUUAAUGGGGGAGGACCCACAGCGCUGGAGCCUAGCCUCUGUUCGAUUUUCAACCUGCCAACCUGUGUCCUGCACUGUCUCUCCCCCUGCCUUUCCUGGAGCUUCCUCAAGGCUGGGUUUGCCCAUCAGGGUGCAAAGGAAAAGCAGCUGUUGAAAGACAGAAACGCGUUCAAUGUGUCAUCUUUCGUUCUACGUGCCAUGAUGAGUGGCCAGUACUGGCCAGAGGGCGACGAGGUGUACCACGCGGAGAUUACAGUGCCCAUCCUGCUGGUGCACGGAAUGCACGACAAAUUUGUGCCUGUGGAGGAAGACCAACGCAUGGCAGAGAUCCUCCUGCUGGCUUUCCUGAAGAUCAUCAAUGAGGGAAGUCACAUGGUGAUGAUGGAGUGUCCUGAGAGUGUCAACACCCUCCUGCAUGAGUUUUUCCUCUGGGAGCCGGACUCUCCUCCCAAAUCCAAGCAACGCACUGAAAUCACAGCCAAGAGACCCGAAACCGCCAAGGACCCCACCACAUCCAAUGGGGAAGCAACGUCUGAAAGCAACACCAAGAGCAAGUAACCAGAAGAUGGAUGGACGUGUGUUAUGGACUUCAAUCAGAUGACACAUUUAGUGGUGUGUAUCGUCUACCAUGGCUGAGUGUACUAGGAGUGUCUCCUCAGGUGCAUGUAGCUGGAUUGAGCCUGUUUGAACUAGAUUGGGCUGGCUGAAACUGGUUUGGGAUCUAGUUUAAGUCCCAAGACACUUCACCGAAUGGGAAGGAGGUGUUAGAGGGACAAGACCGAUGGACAUGAAUGAGGAUGACCUUCAGGGUCAGUUGUCUUGUUCCUGGUCAGCUGUUCUGGUUAAGUGACUGGUCCGUCAGUGUGAUGACGACAUGUGGUAGAGAAAAAACAUUUGUGAAGAGGAGCACUUUUCUGGUUAUUGUGGACCUGGUUAUGUUAUUGGUUUGGUGUGUGGUACAAAGACCAUUAUAUUCACUAAGUUUGUAUUCACUGGUCCUGAUUGCCAGUUCCACUACAAGAUGUUAGAGAAUGUAGUGAUGAAGUCACAGAGGAAAACAACUAGCCAGAACUCAAGCCAUGGGUUAUCAAAUGGUUGUGAAAAGCAGGAAAGAAACCCCAGAAUGUUUUAUUCUUGAUGGAUACAAUGGGAUAUUUGGGAAAAAAAGGUUUUUAGGCAAUGUUCAUAAUAUACCUGCAGGAAUGAUGGUGUCACACUAUUACCACCCAGUAUUGUGAUUAGCAGCGAGAUUCACUUAUUUCCUCCCUAGCAAUGUUGACAAAAUGGCAAUGCUGCUUUGACUUUGCGGCUGGAUCCAGUAGAAAUCACUGUUGCUCCAUUUGUGUUGAUGUAAAACAAGUUUACUAUAUACUGCAGGGAAUCAUUUUACAAUCUACACAAAAUAACAAAAUAUAUAGUGUUAUAUAUAUAUAUAGUGUUUACAGAUUUUUUAAAAACUUUUGGAUAAAAGUGCUAAUUCAAGCAGAACCCUACUAGUGUAUGGGAUAAUUAAUCUGAAUGGAGCAUAAUGUUCUUAGAAUUCACCUGUCUUCCACAUGAGUAAUAUGCCAUGUGUAGCACUUCAAUAUUUGAAACUUUUCACCAUUGUGGGUGAAGUUCAAUAAGAAAUGUGAAAUGUUUGACAAUCAAUGCUGCUUAUUUUAAAGAAUAUAACUAAGUUCCUCAGGAUAAGAGUGUCUGUUAAAUUAAUGUAAUACAGACUUAAAUCACACACGUCAAAAUCAAUGCAACGGACAAAGUAUUGAUGUUGAUAAAGAUUUGCUUUAUCUAAAGAUAUAGUGAAAAUUAUUUGCUAAAGAAUAUAAUCUGACUGGUCAAAAGAGCUGCUUGUAUAACUGCUGCACUCAUAUAUUUUAUUUUUGGUAAAAACUUAAAAGUACACAAACACUACAGCCCCGAAUCAUGGUUCGAAGACAUUAUUUUUAUAUCGUAGGUGGUCUUUCCUUGCAUCUGUCAAUUAAUUUCAGAGUGGAUACAUUUCUCUUACAACAUCCUCACUGUUUUACAGAAACAGAUUUGUUGGGGUUUUAACUUGAUUCCAGCUUUAACUGGGUAGCACACUGAUCAUGUGUUUUCUGCCUUUUUAAGAAAGAGCUUUAUAAUAGACACCUGUUCAUAUUACCUGCUCCAACUAUGCUGAACAAAUGAUUGUUUGGCUGGUUUUCAGGGAUAAAAAGAUGUAAGCAAUGAACGUUUGAAUAUAACCACGUAAGCUUUCUGGUAUGUGACUAUGGUUACUUGGGGGAUGAACAUGUAAUUUGAAGAUAUCCUGUUUUGUCUAAGUGUCCUCAUGCAAAGAUAGCAUUGAAUAACAUCAAUGUAUUACAUAAUGUAUGCUUUAGUCUCUGGCUAGGUAUUCACUCAGAAUUACGUCCUGUGUACCACAGGACAGGGAGUGUCAGGAUAAUCUCCUGUUCAUUACUAUUGUUAUUCUGAAACCUUAUGGUUAAACUCUGGUGUUAGCACUGCAGUAGUCGAGUUAUUUGAAAAGAUCACUAUGCCAUUUAAAUUUUUCAAACACUAUUUUAAUCGUGGAAGGUGCUGUAUAACUAUUUGUUUUUGAACAGUAUGGUCAACCACAAAAUGAGAAAUGUAUUUUGAAAACCUCUGCUCUUGCAGAAUAAAUGAACAGUCGUCAUGGCGAUAAAGAUCUCAUUAGCGGUUUCAUACUAUGAACAGUAUUCAAAUGUGUUUGACUGUUAGUACGAAUUCAUACUUUUUAUACAAUAUGAAACAUUUAUUUGCAAAUGGUGAUGAUUAAAUAGGUCCUGGUGCCGAAUGCACGAUUGAAUUAAUACCUUUUAGAAUUGGGUUCUUGUG